UGUGGAUCCGAUCUGAAGCAUCUGCGUCCUCCUCCGUCACUGCAAUCUCCUCUCCCCCUUCCCAAGCUCCCUACCUCUGCCAGUUCCCCCGGUUUGGACGCUCCGAUUCAGACAUCGAACUCCGGUGUAGUGAUUCGCGCAAUUCCGAUGAUCCAGACGGCGGCGGUGCCGGUGAAGCCCCUGUUCAUCGUCCUAGUGGCCACUCUGUCCCUCCUCCUCCUCGUCUCCCUGCUCUCGCCCCACACCCCUCUCCCCCAGAGCUCCUCCGUCUCACUCUCGGAGAAGGUCGACAUAUGGAGUGUGAAGAGAAUGGUGGAAUGGAGGCCUUGCGAAUGGUGGCUGCAAGGACACCUUACUGCUCUACCAGCAAAGAGCAAUGGGUAUAUCCGCGUUGAUUGCUACGGUGGCCUCAAUCAGAUGAGAAGAGAUUUGUGUGAUGGUGUCGGUGUUGCCCGCCUCUUAAAUGCGACUCUCGUUUUGCCUAAAUUUGAGGUGGCUGCAUACUGGAAUGAAUCAAGUGGUUUUGCCGAUGUAUUCGAUGUAGACUACUUCAUUCAUCAGAUGAACGGCUUUGUUAAAGUUGUUAAAGAGUUGCCUUCUGAAAUUGCAUCAAGAGAACCAGUCCAUGUAGAUUGUAGCAAACGCAAAGGCCAUUUUGACUACAUCGAAAGUGUUCUUCCUUCCUUGCUCAAACAUCAUUAUAUUGCAAUCACACCAGCAAUGAGCCAAAGAAGGGACAGAUAUCCCAAGUAUGCAAAGGCUGCCCUCUGUCAAGCCUGCUACAGUGCAUUACGAUUAACUAGAUCUCUAGAGAAGAAAGCUUCUGACCUUCUUGAAGCCAUCCCGAAGCCCUUUCUCUCACUCCACCUGCGAUUCGAACCUGACAUGGUCGCUUACAGCCAGUGUGAGUACUCAGGCCUUUCUGCAGUCUCCAUGAAUGCAAUUGAGGCAGCUCGGGGCGAUAAAAAACCGUGGACUGGUGAGUUGGCCCAAAUCUGGAGGAAGCGGGGUAAAUGCCCUCUCACACCUAACGAAACAGCAUUCAUGCUCCAAGCUCUUCAUAUUCCCAAGACCACAAACAUUUAUCUUGCAGCUGGGGACGGCGUGAUGGAACUUGAAGGGCUAGCAUCUGUUUACAAGAACAUAAUCACUAAAUCUGCCAUUCUCAGUGGUGACGAUUUCGCAAGCAUGCAUGGGAACACAAAAGCUGCCUUGGACUAUUACGUGUCGAUAAAUAGUGAUUCUUAUAUAGCUACAUACUUCGGGAACAUGGACAAGAUGGUGGCAGCGAUUAGAGCAUUUAAGGGUCUGUAUAAGACCCUUUUCUUGAGCAGAAGAGCUUUUGCAGAUUUGACCUCGAAGGGCUUGGAAGGGGAAGAACUGAUGCAAGCACUCUGGAAGGCGCAUAUGGAUGAUUUUGUUAUGGGGAUAGGCUCGGCAUUGCCCGACUGCUUUUGUGAGUUUAAGUUGUAAUAUCUUGGACUGAUGCCACUCGAUUUUUGGCUGUUUUGAUUAGAGGAUCGAGUGUUUUAUUUAUUCUUUUAGUAAAUAGGUAGAAUUAAACUUAGUUCUUUUGGGCAGUGACACUGGAUCAUGUAACUGGAUCAGCUGAUCUUUAGACAUAGAUUUUGGCAUUAA